UUCUCCAUCUUAAUUUUUCAACUUUUCCCCAAUUGGGUGUUUUAAAAAAUCCCCAAUUCACAAUUUUUAAUCCCAAAUUCCAUCUGGGUUCGUCUCAAAAUCUUCCGUUAUGAGUAACAGAGAAAGUGGAGUUUUGAAGGCAUGGGAAGCCACGAUCCGCAGAACCCAAGCGGCCAAGAAGCGAGCCCAUAGCAUCUUCGGCUCCACCUCCGUGGGUCAUGCCGACGAUAGCGACAUCAACGGCGGCUAUACUGACGCCUUCGACCCUGAAUUAAUUGCCGGUGAGGUUUACCACGCUGACAGAAUCCUCCCAAAUGGCGACUAUUACACCGGCCAAUGGUGCGACAGUUUCCCACACGGCCACGGAAAAUACCUCUGGACCGACGGCUGUAUGUACGUCGGAGAAUGGGUCAAAGGCAAGACAAUGGGCCGUGGCCGAUUCAGCUGGCCAUCGGGAGCCACAUACGAAGGCGAAUUCAAGAGCGGGUAUAUGGAUGGAAAUGGAACCUACACAGGGUCAAAUGGGGACACUUAUAAAGGGAAUUGGGUGAUGAAUUUGAAACAUGGGCGUGGAGUUAAAAGCUUCUCAAAUGGCGAUUGCUAUGAUGGGGAAUGGAGGAGGGGAUUGCAAGAAGGGAAUGGGAAAUAUCAAUGGAAGAAUGGCAAUCAUUAUGUCGGUGAAUGGAAGAAUGGGGAGAUUUGUGGGAAAGGGAGUUUUGUUUGGAGUAAUGGGAAUAAAUAUGAAGGCAAUUGGGAAUCAGGGUUGCCUAGAGGCAAUGGAACAUUCAAAUGGCCUGAUGGGAGUUUCUAUGUAGGAUAUUGGAGCAAAGAUCCACAAGAACAAAACGGGAGUUACUAUCCCUCUGGCUCAUUAGGGAAUGUGCAAUGGGAUCCACAAGAUGUGUAUAAUGUGGACUUUAGUGAUUGCAAGAUUUGCCUUGGGGAGAAGGUGUCGAUUUUGCCGUCGCAGAAGAAGCUAGCGGCGUGGAGGUCGUCGAAGGGAGAGGACGGGGUGAAGCCGAGGAGGAUGUCAGUGGAUGGACGGGUGAGUAUUGAGGUCGAGAGGCCGUUUGAUAGAAUGCAAAUGUGGGGGUGUGGGGAUAUCGACGACUUUGUGACGGGGUGUUGCAGCGAGAGGACGUCGUCGGCCGGAGGAGGAGGAGGAGGAGGAGGAGGAGGAGGGCGGGGGGAUAUGAGUGAAUAUAUGUUGGGAUUGAGUUUGGAGAAGGAGGGACUUGGGACGCCAAUGAGGAUGUCAAAGUCUUGUAAGAGGCAAGGAGAGACUAUCUGCAAAGGCCACAAGAACUAUGAUCUUAUGCUCAAUUUGCAGCUUGGGAUCAGGCACUCGGUUGGAAGACCAGCCCCGGCGGCUUCCCUUGAUUUGAAGCCAUCAGCUUUUGAUCCAAAGGAAAAAGUUUGGACCAAAUUCCCUUCCGAAGGGAGCAAACACACGCCACCCCAUCAGUCAUGUGAGUUCAAAUGGAAGGAUUAUUGCCCUUUGGUUUUCAGAACUCUAAGGAAAUUGUUCAAGGUGGAUCCAGCUGAUUAUAUGCUAUCUAUCUGUGGGAACGAUGCGCUUCGAGAACUUUCUUCUCCAGGAAAAAGUGGUAGCUUCUUCUACUUGACUAACGACGAUCGAUAUAUGAUCAAGACGAUGAAGAAGGCCGAAGCUAAAGUUUUGAUAAGAAUGCUCUCUGCCUAUUAUAACCAUGUUAGAGCCUUUCAGACUACUUUGGUGACCAAAUUCUAUGGUCUUCAUUGUGUUAAAUUAACAGGGCCAAUUCAAAAGAAGGUAAGGUUCAUCAUUAUGGGAAACCUUUUUUGCUCGGAGUAUUCCAUUCACCGACGGUUCGACUUGAAAGGGUCAAUUCUUGGACGCACAACAGAUAAGCCUUUGAGCGAAAUCGACGACACUACCAUCCUGAAGGACCUCGAUCUUAACUUCGUAUUUCGAUUGCAAAAAUCAUGGUUUCAAGAGUUUUGCAGGCAAAUCGAUCGAGACUGUGAGUUCCUCGAACAAGAAAGAAUUAUGGAUUAUAGUCUUCUUGUUGGUCUUCACUUCAGGGAAACUUCAGCUGCUGGUGAUUUCAUACCUUCCGGUGCUCGAACUCCGACAGGAGGGGCAGAGAAUGAAGCAGCUCCUCGUCUAUCAAGAGUCGACAUGGAUCAGCUUUUCCUCGAUCCAUCCAGAUGGUCGAGUAUCAAAUUGGGUGUAAACAUGCCUGCUCGAGUGGAACGAACGGUGAGAAAAAGUGACUGUGAGUUUCAAUUGGUAGGAGAACCAACAGGGGAGUAUUAUGAUGUGGUUAUGUUCUUUGGUAUCAUUGACAUACUUCAAGAUUAUGACAUUAGCAAGAAGCUUGAGCAUGCCUACAAGUCAAUUCAAUACGAUCCUACUUCGAUAUCAGCUGUCGAUCCAAAACAAUACUCGAAGCGAUUUCGGGACUUCAUAUUUAAUAUCUUUGCAGAAGAUGAGGCAAACUUUGAAUAAAGAUCUACACAUGAGUCGUUUCUCAACUUAUCAACUCCUUGUUCUGGAAAUGUAUUUAAUAAUUUUUAGCAGGGUUGAGAUGGGAUGAGA